AUGUUUAUCAAUAUCGAACAAACUUUCCAAGCAGGAUCUGUCAAAGUCUUGCAACAUUCUGUUGAGACAUUCGAUGAGAAUGAAAACACCCUUGAGAACGUCUUCGAGUCCAGCUUAGCAUCAGAGGACAUGGAAUACAGUCCCUACCUUGAGUGGGCAGUUUCAUGGUCGGAUUACGUCGAAGAGAUGUUAGCCGAACAAGAGCGUGAUCUUGCAUCAUGCAAUAGAGAUUCCAGUGAGGACUUGGGGUUCAAAUCAUCUGAAUUUGAUUGGGACGCUACUCCUAUUCAGACGAGUCAUGGCCCCACGCGAAUGGCUGCGAUAGAUGCGGAAGCCGAGAACGCUCUGAACACAGGUGCAAAGCGAAGCCUGGAUGCACUCGCGCCAGUAGUAUUCAUCGAUACACUCGAGAAGAUGGACAAAUUUCUACCCGUCCUAUCCCGCCUCAAGGAUGGGGUGGAGCUUGCAUUUGAUUGUGAAGGCACACCGGAAGAGGACGAGAAUGGGGAGCCUAUCCAAGGCGGCGGCUUUGGUCGCACCGGAGAUAUCUCUUUCCUAUCGAUGACCGUAAUCUCAAUCGAUAUCACCUACGUCUUCGAUGUCUGGCAGCUCAAGAGAAUUGUUUUUGGCCGUCAAAAUGAUGACGGUCUGUCUCUAAAGACAAUUUUGGAAUCGCAUGACAGAAUUCAACUCUGGUGGGAUGUUCGUAGCGAUUGGGAUACACUGUUCCACAAAUUUGGGAUUCAAAUCGGAAAAGCUCGCGAUGUACAGCUAAUGGAGCUUUUACCUCGGUCUGGCCGGAAGUCAAACAUCUUGAGGACCUGGCUGAAAGAGAAAGCAUCUGGAGGAGCAUAUUUCGAGCGAAACGGCUGGCGACCGCUUACGACCAGACCAUUGACCAGAACUGCAAGAAACUACAUUGCAGGCGAUACUGAGUUGAAAGGUUGGCUCGAAAUAACGCAAGGAAAGACUGUCGAAGGUCUGAUGGAUGCCAUUGGGAAGCCAUCCACCCUUCUCGCAACUACAGAUGACUUGAUGCAAUUUAUCGACGAAAAAUCAGUGAUUCGAGCUCACUAUGCGAUAUCUCCGGGUUUUGAUUCAAGGUCUCGUGAGGGAAAGGCCGAUGCACCUGCAGCGUUUCUCCGAAUAACCAAUCUUUGGGAGGAAAACCAGGAUAGGAUGUCGAAAAGACAGGAGGAGUACCAAAAGUUGUCCCAAAUUUGA